AAGAAGAAGAAGAGGAAAAGCAAGAGAAACCAAGAGAAGAUCAAGAGAGAAAGAAGGAGAGCAAGCAAGGACUGUGAGGAGCAGCAAGGAGAGGGCUUCUUCAUUCAUCCUUUUCAUCAUCUCACUCAUUCCAAUCAGCCAAGGGUUCGAGUAGAAGAGGAACUUGGACAGCAAGGAGCAGAUUAUCCAAGCUUCAUUCUUCCAUUCUUUUCAGAUCAAGAAAUCAAGAUGGUUCUGACGAAGACGACAACGUCCAUCCACUCCUGGGAACUGACGUUGUAUGAUGAGGAGAAGGACCGGGCUUGGAUGGCCGACACAUCCGGAGUCCGACGUGUCUAUGUCGGCGAUGCAAAGCUUACAGGUUUGGAUAUGCAUGGAAACGUCGUGGAGAUGCAAUGUAUGACGGGAGGAGUCAUCACGAUGCCUUAUCCACCUCCACGAUACUUUUUCCCGAAGGACAAAGGCUCUCAAGUAGCAUCAGUGGAGAGUGAUCCUUUAGAAGAAGCAGCGGUUGAGUCCCAGCGACAGGUAGAGCAGAUUAUAGUCCCAACGCAGGCCCGAGCUGAGGAUCCAAAGUAUGAUGACAAGGCAGAGUUGAAUAGGCGAGUACCUGUAGCACCGGCUUGGUGGGGUGACAUGGAAGCUUGCUGUGUAUGGGGUCCUUUUGAGGCUCCGCCACUUGAGUCUCUACCGCCAUUCGUGCCACUUUUCAAGAAGCGUCACCAGGUCAGAGGUUGCUUCGAGAAGGAGCUCAUUGAGGUUUCCAGUGAAGACAAGGAUAUGGAUUGAGAGUUUUCUAUUUUGGGGACUUGAGAGUUAUGCAUCGAACUUAAU